UCGAACGCAACGGUACAUGAACGUCGGACGGCGAGCGAAAUUCAGUGCCCCCGAUAACAACAUCUCUCCAAACACCGAACUGCAGCUUAAUUAAAUAAAUAACGUUUUCCUUUUUUUUCAAGUUAAAUAAAUAUAUAGUAAUAGUUGCUAAAAUUUCAAUUUCCAAACACACCUAUAGUGAUAAAAUCCCCGAAAAUCAGCAGACGUAUUUUGAAGUUACGUCAAAAGGAGUCGCGAAAGAAGAAGAGCCAGAGGAGAGGAGAGAAGAGGAGGAGGAAAGGAGAGAGCCGAAAAAAGAAAAAUAACAACAAAGCAAACGCACGCGAUAGGAGUAACUGUAAAUGUGAAAGGAUAAAAUAGGAGAAAGUAGAAAUCAGCGAAAGGACUUUAUUUUUUUUUGCUUUUGUUUUUGGCGCGUCGUCGCCGUUUUGCCUUUUGUUUUUAUUAUUUUUGCCUCGUCCGUGUGCCUUUGUUGAUUGCUCUGCAGCCGGCUUUGCCCCAAAAAUAAGGGAGGGGGGGUGUUAGAGCGAAUAGGGGGCGACACUAACCACUGAGCCACGACAGCUUAUGUAAAGCGUGCUAUGGAAGCAUGUCGUCCACUUCCAGCUCCGUGCUAACGUUGUCAUCGUUUAAUCUAUUAUUUUUCACCCAAGUGCUCACGGUUCUCAGCUCGACGAUCAAGUACAACGAAUACGCGACGGACAAGGGCGGCAAUGUGAGCAUACCCUGCAUAGCCCAGGGCAAUAUCAUGUGGGUAAAAGAGCACGGCAACAACAGCACAAUAGUCCAGACUGGUCGUAUUUUGGUGCUGCGCAAUGUGAGCACCGCGGAUGCUGGAAUUUACGUGUGCUUCGCCUCGCUGCCACGCCCAUCGCCAACUGCAACAACGACGAGCAAUUCAGCAACAUCAGUAACUACCUCAUUGCAAAAUCAGCAGGACAAAGAGACGCAGCCAGCGGAGGAUGAGGAUGGGGCUAGGGACUCCGCCAAGGAUUCCCAGCAGGAACGCGAAGUGGAGGAGGAGGUGGAGUACGAUGCCCACCAGCGGACCAGGCUCAUCGUUCGCACUGUUCCCGGUCCGGUUUCGCAGCUCUACUUCAAGGCCUCCACCAUCCUGGGCUUUCUCAUCUGGCGCUUCAACAAGACCCAAUCCGGGGGCUAUCCGGUGCGCAGCUUCACGGCGGAGUACCGAAACGUGUCCUACAAGACGCCGCCCGCAAAUGCCAGUUUCGAGCACGCCUGGAGCAGGAUGGAUCCCAUCAACAUAGCCUUCAAUGUGCGCCAAAUGGAGGUCUAUCGCCUGGCACCCAACACCACCUAUGAGUUUCGGAUAUGGGCCAACAACGAACUGGGCAGCGGCGAGGUGGUCACCACCAAUGUGACCACGCUGCCGGAGACCAAGGAGGAGGAACUGCAAGAUGGUUGGGACAGCAUUGAGCUUAUACCGAACAUAAUACUUAAUCCCGGUUUCAGCGAGUCGGACGGCGGACCACGUGGUGGUGGUCAAGGUCAGGAGGGCGAUGGUGGUGGUGGGCAGGAGGACCAGGAGGAGGACGACGACGAUGUGGCCAUGCCCUUUCCGCGCACCAUCAUCUUUGGCCAGCACCAUCGAACGCCUCCACCGCCGCGUUUGCACCUGCCACCGCAGCACCACCAUCUGCAACCCUUUGGCCACCACCUGAACCCGAACCAGAGCCACCAUUACCAUCAUAGCCAGCACCACCGGCGACAGGACGAGGAUGACGACGACGACUACGAGGAGGAGCACGAGCCCACCAUGGAGCGGUUCAAGCGCAAAGUUUCCGUCUUCUUCACCGGCCCCACCAUCAAGCGUAUUUGAGACGUAUUGGAGUACAAACACACUUCUCACCUAGGUUGUUGCAUUGCGGUUUGAGCGGAUAGUUAGGAUCCACAUAGAGCUUAUCGGUCGAAACUUUCGUUUUCAUUUCGGUUUCCUAUUUAGGCUUGAAAAAUGAUAUUGUAUAACAACAAAAAAAAAAAAAAACAGAGAGCGAAAUACUCGUACCGCCACUUUGAUUUAUUGCUCAUUGUUGCUUCUCCCAGUUCACAACUAUAUAGUAUAUAUAUACACGUAUUAUAAAUAUAAACCAAAACAAAUAUAUUGCUGUGAUACAAA